AUGAGUGAGGCAGGUCUCCGGCCCCCUCUGCUCCUCCUCCUGCCGCUGGUGGCCGUCACCGCCUCCCUCGCUGGGCCGCACGGCAACGCCUGCCCGGCCCCAUGCCGGUGCCACCGGGGGCUGCUCAACUGCAGCAGGGCCGCCCUGCCCGCCGGGCUCCACUGGCUGCUACCGCCUGGGCCUGCCGCCCACAACCAGACCUUCUUCUUCCUAAUUCUCAAGGACAAUGACUUAAGCAAACUGCAGAAAGAUUCACUCGAGGGCUUGCUGUCGCUAAAGCACCUGGAUUUAUCCUGCAACAAAAUCCUGUUUAUUGAGAAACAUGCAUUUGAGCCUCUACCUUUUUUGCAGUAUAUAAACCUUGGCGGUAAUCUCAUUACAGAGCUUCGUUAUGGGACAUUCCAGGCCUGGCAUGGGAUGCAGUUUUUGCAGAAGUUGGUCCUAAGCCAUAAUCCAUUGUCAAUCAUUGCUGACACGUCAUUUUUUGAAUUGCCCUCACUGAAAUAUCUGGACCUAGGUGCCACGCAAGUGACUCAAAAGACAUUUCAGACUCUUCUCAUGACAUCACUCCAGUUAGAAACACUAAUACUGCCCAACAACAUGGCUUGCUGCCUCUGCCAGAUGAAAGAGAAUAUUGAAAUUCUGUGUAAGACAAUCAAGUUACACUGUGAACAUUUGUGUGCCACCAACUCCUCCCUAUGUGAACCUUUAGAAAAGAUGCAAGAGGAAUUAAUGAAAGUGUUACAGUCCAGGAAACUGAAUGCCAGCAUCGUGUUAAAUCUUGAGCCUGAGGAACCUUUACUCACCAACAGUGAUGAUGAAAUCACGAUGCUUGCAGAUAGCCAGUAUCAACCUAAGAUUGAUAUGGAUCUUAAUAAGUCAGGAGAUCUUCUUCCUGGAGUAAAUUACCUCUUCUUUAAACACCUGACCAAGCAGGGAGAAAUAAACAAUAAGGCAUUUCAUCGAGUGAAUUCAGAUGUAAGCCACAUGCUAGUGGAAAGAAAACAAAAGCACAGGAUGAAUAGUAAAGAAGGCGUAAGCAAUAGGUUAUCACAUAGAAAAAGUCCUGCUUUGACUGAUGCUGUCUUGGAGAACCCAUCUGAAAACAAUGACUCUUCGCUGGAUGAUAUCUUACCCAGCAUACACCAAGCCAAUGAAACACACUGGAAGCAUCAAAAAGAGAGCGCUGGUUUUCCAUAUACACUUAGUGGUUCAUCAUCCCUGGAUAAUUACUCUGUUCAAGGAGACCUGUUUGAAGCUGAGCUGAAUAAUCGAUUGCGCUCCCUCAUCCCAAACCAAGCUGUGAGAAACCUUAUCUCCCAUGUGAUCCGAACCCUGAAAAUGGACUGCACCGAGCCCAGGGUGCAGCUGGCCUGUGCGAAGCUCAUCUCCAAGACAGGCCUGCUCAUGAAACUGUUCAGCGAGAGAGAAGAUAUCAAAGAAACCUCCUCUUUGUGGCGAACGUACCUCUGGGAAAACAGGAACGCGCCCAACGAGAGCACCCACCAGAGGAAAACCAGCAAGAAAGAUUCAGAGGAGUUAUCCCCAGAGCCUCCCCAAUACAGCUACGGCAACAAGCUGCUGCUGGCGAUAUCGGUGACGGUGGUAAUAAUGAUUAUUAUUGCAGUGAUUUGUCUCAUCGAGGUAAGCCAAAAAAAUCCAUUUGUUGCAUGGCCAUUGUUUCAGUCAUCCUCGCAGCACUGUGUAGGAGUAUCCCUUCGAACAGUGUUUUAGAAACUGCCAGAAACCAGCCAGAGCAGCCAUAUAUCAGUAGUUAU